AUGAUCGAUGUCAGUAACAAGAUUAGCACGAAGCUAGCCGAAGUGGAAAGCCUUAUCCUUGAGCAGCGGAAGGAAGCGGCGAAACUGCUGAAAAUACUCACGCUGUACAGGCAGAACGAAUCUCCUGUCAGAGAAGGAUUGAAUGCUCACCCGGAUUUGAUCGUGGCUGACGGUCGUGAUCAUGCUGUAGAUAAUGAACCGAUUGCGAUUGUCGUUUUCGCCUGUAGCCGACCAGCUGCUAUCGACAAACAUGUUCAGGCGUUAUUAAGGUAUGAAUAUGUCGUUUUUAAGAGUGACUUUUGUAGGUGUUUCCAGAUUUGUAUGAUAUUUCGGUUAAUUUUGAUGUUUUUGUUCAACUAUUACCUUCUAGUUUUAUAAAC